CUGUGGAAGUCACAUACAAGAACAUGAGAUUUCUUAUUACACACAAUCCAACCAAUGCGACCUUAAACAAAUUCAUAGAGGAACUGAAGAAAUAUGGAGUCACCACAGUAGUAAGAGUGUGUGAAGCAACUUAUGACACUACACUUGUGGAAAAAGAAGGCAUCCAUGUUCUAGAUUGGCCUUUUGAUGAUGGUGCACCGCCAUCCAACCAGAUUGUGGAUGACUGGCUAAGUCUUGUAAAAAUUAAAUUUCGUGAAGAACCUGGUUGUUGUAUUGCUGUUCAUUGUGUUGCAGGCCUUGGGAGAGCUCCAGUACUUGUUGCUUUAGCAUUAAUUGAAGGUGGCAUGAAAUAUGAAGAUGCAGUACAGUUCAUAAGACAAAAGCGUCGUGGAGCUUUUAACAGCAAGCAACUUUUGUAUUUGGAGAAGUAUCGUCCUAAAAUGCGGCUGCGCUUCAAAGACUCCAACGGUCAUAGAAACAACUGUUGUAUUCAAUAAAACUGGGGUGCCAUUAUCUUGGCAAUGGAACUUGAGACAGGACCUAAUACUAGCCAACAUGUUGGCUUGGUGAAUAAGUCUAAUGGCUUCCAUGAGAGUAGUGAAAAGCGGUUUUACCAGUCACAGGCUUGACAGAAUUGUAUCCUCUGUAUUUGGCUUAUC